GUAAUUGCCUAUUCUGUAAUUAAAAUAAUGAAUGCCACUCAACUUGUGGAGGAUAUUCCAAAUAUAAGGAAGAAACUCAUAUCUCUAUUUCAUUCCAACGAGGUUUGCAUCUUUGGGGAAUUUCUUCUUCGUUGUGGCAAAAGAGCAAACCUCUUCUUCAAUUCUGGGAAGCUAAGUGAUGGAGAAUCCUUGGAUGUUAUUAGCGAUCUUGUAGUUGCUAAGUUGGUAGAAUCUGGAAUAGAAUUCGAUGCCUUCAUAGGUCUUCCUUAUAAGGCCAUUCCCUUGGCAUCUGCGGUCUGUAUGAAAUAUUUCAAAGCGACAGGAAGGAACAUUAGGUAUGGGUACUACAGAAAGGAGAAGAAACCAUACGCUGAAGAUUCCAUAUUCGUAGGCCACCCAGAAGUAUAUGCUGAAGGCUCAAGGGUCAUCAUUCUCGAUGAUAUCCUUACAGCUGGAACAGCUAUUCGUGCCUCCUUUGACAUUCUUGCGGAUACCGGGGUGAAAAUUGUUGCAGCCCUGGUUAUACUCAAUAGGGAAUUGAAAUUCGGAGAAUUCGAGGAAUUCCUAAAUGGACGUGGCGUAAAAUUUAUUGAAAUUCUCAGGAUAGAUGAAAUUGUUGAUACAACAAAUGUAAGAGUAGGCUACUAAAAGUAGCAGAAAUGAAUUAGCGAUUCAGUAUAGAGAACAACCAGGUGACCUUUUCUCUGCAAUCUACAGCCGCAGGGUCGUUUCGCGAUUCUAGCUGCUCUAGUCUAUAUGAUAUCCUCUUUACAAGAGGCAAAUCUGCAAUGUGACGAGAUAGAUCGCUUCCGA